AUUACAUCACAGCCCGUGUGGAUAAAUCGGACGAGCCAGGUAAUUUUCAGUUUGGCUUCCAGCAAAAGAAAAAGAGAAAACAUGCUAAUACUGAGACCUCUGGACUUAAAAUUGAGUGCUGAAGGACUGAAGCUGGUACGACGCGUGAAAGUAAAAACAACUAAGCAAGAGACAGAGUCUACAGAGGGUUUUUGAUGCUGCCACAAACGAAUUAUAUGUAGAAAAGUCAAUGUGUACACUUUUUUCUACCUUUUCUGAAAAUUUAAAAGGGAUCAUUAAGUCACCCCUGCCAUGGACUCUGUUGUCAUACGACAGGAGGUUUGUAUCCUUGGACUUACUAGUUUCAAUUACUCUUACUAGAGUCACUGGUUGCUAUGGUGCAAGCAACUACCUGAAGUUUAAGAACAUUAAAAGAGAGGAGCGGUGGGACAAGAGAUAACUUUGUGGUACCAGCUUUUGCCUUUUGCAGCGAAGAAUUACAAAGGAUCUGGCUCUUUUCUGACUCCUAAUCUACGAACUAACUGGAUGCCUGCUCCAGCUUUUUAAGGAUUAUUAUAUCAUAUUUUGUAACUUUUUACUUCACGUUUGUGAAAGAUGCAUCAUUCACAGUAUUUUAUAGCUAUGUAUGUACUGGUUUUGUCCCUCGGUCUUACAAUAGAAGAAGGAAUGUGCCAACAUUACUAUCACCUCCGUCCCAUUCCCAGUGACAAUUUACCAAUUGUGGAGCUUAUAGAACACCCGGACCCUGUAUUUGACCCUAAGGAAAGGGACCUUAACGAGACCGAACUGAGAAGUAUACUGGGCAGCAACUUUGACUCUCACUAUAUGUCUGUAUCUCCCCCAGAGGACAAAUACACUGGGAACGAUGAACUGGCUGAUUUGGAACUUAGGCAAAAACCUACCGGGGCAAUGCCUAAAGAGAUCAAAUCCAUGGAAUUUUUUGACUUUCUUCAUGGCAAGAAGCACAAACCGAGUAAAAAACUUAGAAGAAGGCUGCAACUGUGGCUGUGGUCCUACGCUUUCUGCCCAGUUGUUUAUACGUGGAACGACCUCGGGAACAGAUUCUGGCCGCGCUAUGUGAAAGUGGGUAGCUGCUACAGUAAGAGGUCUUGUUCUGUUCCAGAAGGGAUGGUUUGCAAACCUGCCAAAUCGGCCCAUUUUACGAUCUUGAGAUGGAGGUGCCUGCAGCGAAAAACAGGGCAGAAAUGCGCUUGGAUACCAAUUCAGUACCCUAUUAUCUCAGAAUGCAAAUGCUCCUGCUCGAACUGAAAUGAACUUUUAAUAUAAAUAAUAGCUACAUGGUUAUUUUUAUAUGCACUGCCGAGUGUAGGAAUGUAUAUUUUAUGUAUAUGUGGUGCCAUUUAAUGACAUACCUGUAAAAAGGUCAGUAUUAUGCAUAACCAGCGUCUACUGUAUUUGGGAAAAAUAUCCUGGUUGUAAUGUAUAUAUCUUUAUAUUUAUAUUGAAGAGCACUUCGCAUUGCGAAGCAAAAAAGACGUUUAUUGAAGGACUUUAAAGCUAUUUUCCAUUCUUCGGAAAAAGUGGUUUUAUGGACCUCAGACGGCAAUAUAUAAAUUACAGUGUAAUUCUGCAGCUGCGAGAGCUGUAAAUAUAGAGGUAAAUUUGAAUGAUUAAUCAUGUAAAUUAAGAGUACCUGCUAUUUAUUCUUUAUAUUCAUGUAGUAAAAUGCCAGUAAAGAAAUUAAAAGUAAACCACUAAAACGA